GGCUUAAGCCAAAGAGUAUAAAAGGUAAGCGAGAGCGACUUGAAUUCUGUCGUCUUGUAAUCAUUUCGGAUUUGUCGCUACUCACUAAUUCUCUAAUUCUCUAUCGAAAUUCGGUACCGGUCGGUCGUAGUUAUAUAUCUCUGGACGCUCUAGAAAAGGGCGUAGCACUAUUUAUUUAAAAGCAAUAUUUUCCCUUAUUGCGAUUCGCCGCGUUGUGGGCUAUUUUGAAGUAGUGAAUAAAGUUUUCUGUUAAAUAUGGGUGCAAAAGUAUCUAGAGACGAUUUUGAGUGGGUACAUACAGAGGAACCACAUGCCACUCGCCGGAAGAUCAUCCUUGAAAAAUAUCCAGAAAUAAAGAAGCUCUACGGUUUCGACCCCAUGUUCAAGUGGGUGGUGACAGGAAUGGUGUUGAUCCAGUUCGCGACGAUGCCCAUAGUGCAGCAUAUGAGUUGGCCGUUCGUUAUACUCCUGGCAUACUGCUUUGGAGGUGUUAUCAACCAUUCUCUUAUGUUAGCAAUUCACGAAAUAGCCCACAAUCUAGCAUUCGGCCACAACCGACCGCUCCACAACCGCCUCUUCGGCUUCUUCGCGAAUCUCCCAAUUGGCAUCCCCAUCUCGAUUAGCUUUAGGAAGUACCACUUGGAACAUCAUAGGUACCAAGGCGACGAAGUUAUCGACGUCGAUCUACCAACGCUUGUCGAAGCGAAGUUAUUCUGUACGACAGGGGGGAAGCUAGUGUGGAUUCUGUUACAGCCAUUUUUCUAUUCACUCCGACCUUUGGUCGUUAGGCCUAAACCGCCACAGCCCUUGGAACUGGUCAAUCUGAUCAUUCAGCUGUUCUUCGAUGCGAUAGUUAUCAAAGUUUUCGGGUGGAAAGUGAUGGGUUACUUAUUGAUUGGGUCAUUACUGUCAAUGGGGAUGCAUCCAGUGGCAGGUCACUUUAUAUCAGAACACUACAUGUUCCGUAAGGGUUUCGAAACGUACUCCUACUACGGACCCCUAAACUGGAUCACAUUCAACGUGGGCUACCACAAUGAACAUCACGACUUUCCCGCCGUCCCCGGUAGCAGGUUACCUGAGGUGAAACGAAUCGCACCAGAGUUUUAUGACGACCUGCCGCAGCACACCAGCUGGUCAUCAGUCAUUUACGAUUUCAUCAUGGACCCCGAGAUCGGUCCCUACGCGAGGAUAAAACGUAAACACCAAGGUCUAGAGAGUUAGGUUUUUAAUGUAAAUACUAUUUCAAUAUUAUA